CAGUACUCAAGACCGACUUACUUGGAGCUAUUUCUCUCCAUAGCUAACCCUAAUUUACAGAGUGGUGCGGUUGGUUCGGGAAGAUGGAAGAAGCAGCAGCAUUGUUCUUAACAAGGCGUAAGGAGAUUGUUUGUGUGUGUGUUGGAAUGUUCAUGAAAGUUCUGGAACGAGUUGGUUUCGCAGCAUUCACUUGCAUUCUCGCACUAGGAGGGUCAAUAAUGGGGACAAUAGUGGGAGGGAUGAAGGGACAGAGAUCAGAAGCAGGGAUGCUUGAUGGAGCUGGGAAAGGAGCAGUGGCAGGAGCCAUUGCCGCUCUCGAAUUGCUUGAUUUUGCUGCUCCAGAUGAUGAUGAUGGCCAUCGUCAUAAUCAUGAGCCUUUGUCCAAGGUUGCCUUAUUAAGCAAUCUAUUCAAUGGAAAGGUCCUAAUGGAAUGGGUAUAUCCAGCCUAUCAAUGGCAUAUUGGGAUACCAGAAACAGUGUACAGAGAAGUAUCAGAUAUUUAUGACAUGAGAGGAGUGCCAGGGUUGUCUCAGAAAUUGAUUCAAAGCCUCCCUUUGAAUCAAUUCAACUCCACAAAAGUGUUGGCUUUAUACAAUGAAUCCUUCUGCUCCAUUUGCUUCCAGGAGUUUGAAGAUGAAGAUGUGGUGAGGAAGCUUCCAAAAUGUGACCAUAUUUUUCACUUUCACUGUGUUGAUAAAUGGCUCAUCCAACAAGGAUCUUGCCCAAUGUGCAGAACUUUUGUUCUUGAAGAUCAUUUUGAUAUUUAGUUUUUUUUCUUUUCUUUUCAUGAUCUCUUUGCAAUGUUGUAUUUGGGCUCAACUUGCCUUUCGGUUCCGAGACCUACCUUGUAUGAUCACCAAGAGAGAUCAAAACGCAAAAAAAGAAAAAAAAAAUUCUAGAGACCGAGGAAUAUUAAUUAAGUGCCUCUUUUUGUUAUGUA